CCGACGUGAUUAUCAUUGAUCACGCGAUGAACUUUCCGGCCAUUUUAACCUCGGGCAUACCCUGGGUGUUCAGCUACAGCGCUAACCCGUUGUCACUAGACUUGGGCCACGAAGAUCACCGACUACCUCCCUCAUUAUUGGGUUUGCCAAUAAAUAGCGAUAAAAAUGAGUGGGAAGUACUGCGGCAACGGCUCAAAAAGAUUCGCCUCGAGGGAUGGCCAGCAUAUAGGGAUUGGUUGGUGAAGGAGGGUUGCCAACCGGAUCAGCUACCCCUGGAAGGCCAGCUCUGGUCACCCUCGCCCUAUGCCAACGUUUACAUGUUUACUAAAGAGCUAGAUUACACAGAUGUGCGUCCAUUGCCCGACACAUAUCACCGGUUUGAUUACUGUAUGCGCACCGAGAGUGAAGGCCAGGAGCCGUUUACUGUGCCCGAGUGUUUAAGGGACAAACCUGGUAAACUUAUAUACCUCUCGCUGGGCUCCAUGGGUAGCGCAAAUGUUGAGCUAAUGCGCCGAUUGGUUGACAUACUGGCCAACAGCCCGCACAGAUUUAUUGUGUCCAAGGGUAUUUGCCACGAUCAAUAUACACUUCCGGAUAAUAUGUGGGGCGCACGCACUGUACCACAGCUACAGGUGCUACGCAUGGUUGAUUUGAUGAUUACGCACGGUGGUAAUAAUACGGUGACCGAGUGCAUGUACCAUGGUAAGCCGAUGGUAGUAAUGCCCCUGUUUUGGGAUCAGUUUGAUAACGCUCAGCGCGUUCACGAACAGGGGUUUGGCGUACGUAUGGAUCCGUUCGUAUGCACUGCCCCUGACUUGUUGGCCACCGUUGAUAGGCUUUUGGAUGAUAAAGAAUUGGCUAAACGAUUGGCCACAGUUUCACAUAGGAUUCAGACCGAGAAGAGUUUGAAUAGGAUUGUGCAGAUUGUAGAGAAUCUGUGUAAG